AUGAUUAAGGCGAUAAAAGAUUAUACAAUUUGUCGAGGUGUAGAUUAUCAAGUUUAUGAGUCAGAACCAACGACAUUCUAUGCUAAAUGUACACAAUACGACGUAGGUUGUGAUUGGCUGAUCAAGGUUAGUAACAUGUGCAAGAAGUACUACUGGGAGAUAAGGAGGUACAAUGGUAGUCACACUUGUACUAGAGCCACCAUUUCUCAAGACCAUUUGAAGUUGGAUUCCAACACAAUUGCAGAAGCAGUAAAGGCCUUGGUAGAAGUUGACUCAUCUAUAAAAGUGAAAUCAGUCAUUGCGGAAGUACAGUCAAAGUUUAACUACACCAUAAGUUAUCACAAAGGAUGGUUAGCAAAGCAGAAGGCAGUGGAAUCAAUUUUUUGUGGUUGGAAAGCUUCGUAUGAAGCUUUGUCCAUAUGGUUUGAGGCCAUGUGUCACAAUGAGUCAUCAGCAGUUGUUUAUUUUAAAACAAUGCUUGCUUAUCAGGGGGAUGACUUGGUUCCUAAUAUCCGUGUACUACAUCGAGUCUUCUGGAGUUAUUACCCUUGUAUUAGAGCAUUUAGACAUUGCAAGCCAAUAGUGCAGGAUGGCAAUAACAAUAUUGUGCCUAUUGCAUUUGCGAUAGUGGAGGGAGAGAUAUCUGAGGCGUGGCACUUUUUUCUUAAUAACUUGCGACAGCAUGUGAUGACACAUGAUGGUGUGGGCCUUAUUUCCAAUCGACACGAGUCUAUCAACUCAGCUAUUGCUCGAAGCCUUUUGUUUAUCAUAGGAUAUUCGAGGACGGUUCGUGAGUACAAGAUGUGUUAUCAGCGAUUACGCAAAUGGGGUGAGGCUUACACUAACUGGCUGAACCGGAUCCCACGUGAACAGUAUGCUUUGGCAUUUGAUGGUGGAUACCGAUGGGGUCAUAUGACCACCAAUCUAGUGGAAUGCAUCAAUUCGAUCUUGAAAGGAGCACGCAAUCUCCUAGUCACUGCACUUGUUAAGGCAAUGUUUUACAGGCUUAAUGAGUUGUUCACAAGAAAAAGAGUCGAGGCUGAGACUCAUAUUAAUGCUAGACAUGUGUUCUCUGAGCUUGUGACCUCCAAAUUACAUGCGAAUCAGCGAGUAUCGGAAAACAUCCAGGUUAGUUUGUUUGAUAGACAGAUUGAAGUAUUUGAAGUACGUGAGAUGUCGAGUGGAGUGGAGUAUGCAGUUGACCUAUGUCGAAGACAGCUGGAUUGGCAAGUGUACGUUCAUGACGUCUACAAGAUGGACCAAGUUCAAAGAAUAUACAGAGCUAGGUUUAGGCCACUAGAAAAUCUGACAAUGUGGCCUGUUUAUCAUGGACCUCGAUUCGUAAGCAAUCCAUUUCUGAGACGAGUAGCCAAAGGUCGACCAAAGAUGACCUGCUUCUUGAAUGAGAUGGACACUCGGAUGUUGCGUGCACCAAGGCGCUGUAAACAAUGUGGGGUCGAGAGCCACAACCAUAGCAAAUGUCGUCAACGUGGUUGUGCAAGUGCAGAUCCAGCCACCCAAUAG